AUGGGUCUUAUUUCACUCAAAUACCGACGACCAAAGCAUGUCAAUAAGGAAGAAUUUCUACGCAGCUAUACUUCCAUCUCAGAAAACGAGACGGGAAAUCCUUCACUUAAAUCAGGGCACUCAGGUCCUCCAUCGGGUGUACCUGACGCUCUUACGUUUGACAGGAUCAUCAACGGUGGAACUUGUCCACCAUGUACCAUCCGCGACUUCAUGAACUACCUGAUCUACAUUGAGCACGCAGCCGAGAAUCUGCAGUUCUUCCUGUGGUAUCGUGACUAUGUCAAGCGUUUCAACGAGAUUAACAUCUCCGAAGCUCAGCUCUCUCCAGAGUGGACACAGACGAUGGAAGAUGAGGCCACUGCCAAGAUCCAGAAAAACGCCGUGGAUAAGAUGAGAAAGGAGCCGAAAGUUGCUGUCAUCUUCAAAGGAACCGACUUCGAAAAAGGGGCCUCGGAUACUGUCGUCGAAAUCAAAGACCCCUUUUCAACACCACCUCCAACCCCAAGCCUCAACGACACCACAUCAAUCUUCUCAGGCUCCCAACUAUCUAGCCAUCAAGUUCAAGCUCAAGACGCAUUCAACGCCGCCGGUGCCACACAACCAUUCACCAUCCAACCCUUCCGCGCAGAACUAGACCGCGUGAUCAGCACGUACCUCGCGGACUCAGCGCCGCGGCAACUGAACCUGUCCUCGCGGGAGCAAAAAGCGGCCAUACAAGCGCUGUCGCGCACGACGCACCCGUCGGCGCUGCGAUCCGUCGCGCGCGGCGUCGAGGCCACGCUGCGCCGCCAGGCCCACCCCAACUUCGUGCGCUGGAGCAUCUGCAACGGCAACCCGGCGCGCGUGACCUUCGCGCGGGGUCUCGGCGUCGGGGUUAUCGCCUGCGCUACGCUGGGCGCUCUGCUGCUUACGCUUAGCGGGGCGGCGCGCGGCUGGAGGGCGCUUUUCGCGGUGGGUUGGGUGUUGGGGAUUGCGACGUUGGUUGCGGCUGCGAAGGGCAUGUGUGUUGUCCUGCAUGGACUGCAUCAUCGGCAUGUGAGGCCUUGGGAGUUAUUCGAGGAUCCGUGUUCCUCUUCCUCUUCUUCCCCAACCUCCUUCGACGAGUCGGAGCUCGAGGAGCAGGGCAAAAGGGGCAAGGGGAAGAACAGCUUCGACUCGUUCGGCUCGAGUAACAGCUACGAGGACGAGCCGUGGGUGGUCAGGUACGAGCGCCGCGGUGUCGUGCGCAGGGUGUUCGACCGCGAGGUCUGGAUCCGCGAGCCGGCGCUACGGCAGGUACAGGAUGUUAUCUUCGCGCAGUCGCUGCUGGCUGCGGUUUUGGGGGCUGCUGUGCUUACGGCUGUGUUUGUUAGUGUGCCGGCUGGGGGGUUCUUUUGA